CCCCCGCCCCCCGGUUGCUACGGCGACGCGGCGCUUGGCUUCAACACGGAGGGCCGGGUUGACUUGAGAUUCACUCUACAAUGUCGGCCAAGAGCCGCAGCGUCGUCGCCAGCGGCAAGAGGCGGUCGGGAAAGGUGGACAAGCAAAAGGAGGAGGAACGCAGGAGGCAGGAGGAAGAGGAGGCCCGCAUACGCAAGGAGCAGGAGGAGGCGGAGAGGCAGGAGAGGGAGCGGCUGGAGGUGGAGGAGAGGGAGCGGCUGGAGGCCAAGGAGCGCGAGCGCCGUGAUGGAGAACUGGCGGAGCUGAGCGAGGCCCUGCAGGCCGUGCGGCUCAGCACGGCGCAGGCGGAGAGCCAGCAGAGAGCCAGCGCUCAGUGGGAGCGCUACAUGCGCUGCGACGGCACCCCGGACCCGAGCGAGGCGAAGGAGAUCAACACCUUCCUGAGCCUCUGGGCCGAGAGUGCCCCACGUGACGUCGCCACGGUGCUGCCGGAGUGCAGCACCGCGCUGGACCUGAUUGAGGAGCUGGAGCUUAUUCUGGCUGACACGCCGGACGGAGUUCUCAAUGUGCAGACUGUGUCCCGGCAUCGCCACUCCAUCCUGCAGCUGCAGGAGAUCAUCGCCAGAAAGCUGGACCAGGUCACCCAUGACCUGCUGAAGUGUGCAAGCAAGGACGCCGACCUCGAGACUGGCAACCUUCAGACGGUGGUGGAGAGCCCCUUCAUGACCCUCAUGCUGUGGGCCAACCUCAACAAGAAUCCGAGGUUUAAAGGCUACGAAUUUGCGGAUCGGGGCGUGGGCUUCGAGCUGCCCAAGCCGCUGGCCGCUUGCCCGGUCGCCGUGCGCAUCCUGUGGACCCGCUACGACCACCUCACCCACCUCUGCGCCACCUCCGACCUCACGACCGCAACGACGGAUGGCGUUCCCGCCGGACCAGCCGCCGAUCCGGCUGAACGAUCGGACGCGAGACCGCGGACGGGAGACGCAACGGCGGCGCCGCCGGAGAAGGAGCGGCGGGAGGAGGAGGAGGGAGCCGAGCAGGAGGGGAAGGAGGGAGGGGAGGCUGCCGUUGGCGACGGUGGCGGCGGAGCGGAGGAGCCGAGCGCGCAGGCAGAGGAAGGUGCGGCGCAAAUUGAGAGGCGCAAGAGUCCAAUGAGCACCUCAUCACAGGCGGACGAUGAGAAGGUUGCUGGGACAGAGGAGGAGACGGAGAUCACCGUGGUGGAGACGGACCGAGCUGCACCACCAGAGCUGCCGGUGCAGCAGCAUGGCGGGGCGAUGGGGAGCGACGAGGUGGACUUGAGGCAGCAGUUGCCUCUCGGCGGAGUCCUCUACGUGGAUCUGCUGGAGCUGCCUCCGCAGCCCACGCUCAUCAGUGGCUGGACCAUCACGCAGGAGCUCGAGGAGGAGGGGGACCUGCGGUCGUACCCCUACCGCGGCGGCGAUGCGGCGACACAAAGGGGGGCCCCCUCGGCGGGUGAUUCCCGGGGGGCCGGCGAGGAGCACGAGGCGGAGGGGGAGCCGCGUGACCCCCCGCUGGGGAUCACGGUGGCCGUGCCGCCCUCGCUCGUGGUGUUUGAGGCUCCGCAGGUCGCCCGCUGGGACCCACAGAGACAGCGCUGGCGGACGGACGACGUGAGCGACGUGACGUACGACGAGGCCACCAGGAAGGUGGCCUUCCGGCUGGCGACAGCGGGGCCCGUGUGCCUCCUGGCGGACGCCCACGUGAACAUGCCCUACCACGGCUGGGAGCUUCGCUCAAAGGGGCCCCAGCGCGUCUUGUUCACCGUCAUGGCCGCCUUCGUCGACGUCGAGUUCGAGAUUCGGCCGGGCGAAUGCCGUCUGUGCGAGCUGCCGGAGGAGGGGGGCGAGAGCAAGACCCUGUCGUCUCUGCGCGGCGUGUGGAUGAGUCCUGCCAGGCUGCGCGACACCCUGCGACGACACGGCCUCAACGUCUUCCCCGGAGCGCACUCGGACAAAUACGUGGCCGUCAACGUAAAGGACGCGCAGGCAGAGAGCAGGGCCUACGAGCAGAUGGCCCUGCUGGUGUCAAACUUCUCCUUCUCCUGGAGUCGAUGGAAUGCGACCAGGGGUGCUCACCAGCUCGUCAUGCAGGUGCGCGAGGGCGAGGAGGCCGCCGGCGGCGACGCCUGGGGCCUGCUGCUGGUGACGGCCGAGCGGUCGUGCCGGCUGCGGAUGUCCGAGUCGGCUCCAGCCUUCACCGACGAGCUUCCCGAUGGCGCCGAGCUUCACUCGACGCUGUGCCACGCGCUGCUGGCCGCGCGCGACUCCACUCCCGCGGAAAUGCGAGCCGCCGCCACGGCCGCGCCGGCGCUGACGUCCACCCUGCGCCAGCUGCUUGCCUCCACCAGGGUCCUCUCCUACUGCUAGUGGCCGACGCUCGUGCGGCGCCGGUUCCGAUUCCCCCGGUGGGGUGGUUUGCCCCGGCUGGCUCAUUGUCCUCAACAACAAUUAAAGCCACACAUACACACACACGGUGUGUUUUUAAUAUAUAUUUGCUUGUGGUAACCUUAACUAAUUUAACUAUUUUGUUUUUUACCAGGUAAGGGUCCACUGAGCUAUGUAGCUCAGAAGUGACCUGGCUAUCACAAAUGAUAGCUCAACCAAGUGGUGGCUCAUCAUCUCGAAAUUUACAGCAGCAAAAUACUCUGAACGCGUGACAUUGAUUCUGAACGCAGAGGGAAAAAAACGGAGGACCCGGAAAAAAAUCCACACGACCACAGGGAGAUGGACAUGCAAACUCAAAAUAUAAAGGAAUCAGGGUCGUGAUCAAACCCACGACCUCCUGCAUACCAGGCAGGGUAGUCAACAUCACGUUUUCAGAGUAUCUGGCUGCUGUUAUAGAUUUCCACAUAAGCCACUUCGCUCUAGCUAUCUGUGAUAGCCAGGUCACUGGCUAUCACAGAUAGUACAGUUCAGUGUGGGGCCUUACCUGGUAUAAUAAAAACAUAGUGAACUCGCUCUCGAACAGAGGGGACACCUCCAAGGUGCGUGGAGGAACCACAGAUGAGCGGGAAGGCAGCAGCACGAUGAGCCGGCACCUACAAUCGUCCGAGCUCUGCAGUCCCCGUGGGGAGUCAACGGUUAUCGUUUGUAGUUACCAACGACCCCUGUGGUCAUCAUCAUUAUCGUCGUCGUCAUCAUCGGCAGCAGCAGCAGCAGCCAUGAUUCUGCGACGUAACAAUCCACCCACCACCUGCACAAGAGCCGAUUUCAUCGCUUCAUCUCCACGGUAGCCGUCUUCUCGGACACGUUCCAUUCCUUGGCUGCCACUCCGUUUUUACUCUUGACCAUUGGCUAUCAUCUUCGUCCCUUCUAGCCGUGACGCAUCCUGCCUGAGCCCCACUCGCUUUGCGUUAAUGGUUUGGAUGUCAUCAACCCUUUUCCGUUCCGAUGACAUACAUGUAUUAUAUUUUAAGUUGUUUUUCAUAUACGUCAUCAUAACUUAAUACAGUGCUUUUGGCUGUAACGGUUCCACCUGAAGACGGAAGCUUGUGUUGCCUCCGAAACGUCGUGAUUUAAUUUAGUUGUUUUCAUUUAUUUUAUUUUUUUACCUACGUGACUUUACCAGAAAAAACAAAGAGUAUGAAUCCUUGCAGUCACGAAAGCUUCAAAUCUAGAAACAAUAACUUUAUCGGUGCUGAGGCUCCCACAAGGCCACGCGGGAGGGCGUGGCACAGUUUGGUGCCAGCUAUUGUAGAGUUUCGGCGGUCGUGUCACGACGGUUCUCUGCGGUGAGUAGCAACGUCUUUAAAAACGACGGCGCGACUGCUGUGCCUCUCUACAUAAACUGAACGCCGAGCCACUUGCGCGUUGCGAGAUUCCACGGUGAACGGGGACACCCACCACCUUGCAACUUUCAGACGUUGUAGACAGGAAAGAGGUGAACUUGCGUGUAACCUCUCAUCCACUUGCUCCUCUCUCUUCAGCUUUGGUUACAUUUUUUAUGUCUGGCCCAACUGGUCAUGGCAGUGAUUUUCUAUAUUUUUCAGAGGGGGGGCCACUUUCACCGAUAAGACAUCAUCAGUGUGAGGGUCGACACACAUGAAACCAUUGGGGCUUUGACAGCACGAUGAUGGGGGGUGUUUUCACAUGCGGUGUUGUGAUGGGGGCUGCAUGUCAGGGGGCGGCACUAAAGGCAAUGAAGAACACCGCUCUGUAGGCACACAGGGGGCACAAGCUAUCCAUUGUUGCGGUUUGAAUAAAAGUGCCGGCAAGGCUGAACACUUA